CCUACUCUUCUCUCACGUACAACUGCAAAACGCUCUCUUUAUGACACAACCCACCCUAUUUCUUUAGACCACUCUUUUCAUUUCAUUUCAUUUUAAUUUCCACUCUGAUUUUUUUUUAGUUCAAAAUCAGUUCUUGGACUCUGAUCUGCUUUCAGUUCUUGGACUCUUUCUUCUUCUGGGUUUUCUUCAAAAUCCCUUCUUGGCUGGCUUCUUUUCUACAUCCGGAUUGAGUAUUGUGAGCUGAACCAGAUGGGUAACGUUGUUAAUACUCUGCAUUUUGUGCUCGGGAUCUUUGGAAAUGUCACUGCUUUGUUCCUCUUCCUGGCACCAUUGAUUACAUUUAAGAGGAUCGUCGCAAAAAAAUCGACUGAACAGUUUUCUGGCUUGCCCUAUGUCAUGACCAUGCUCAACUGUUUGCUUUCUGCUUGGUAUGGUAUGCCUUUUGUGUCACCUAACAACUUGCUUGUGUCAACAAUCAAUGGGACUGGUGCUGUAAUUGAGUUCAUUUAUGUGUUGGUAUUCCUUAUAUUUGCACCAAAGAAGGCAAAGAAGAAGAUAGGAGCAAUCUUCAUCUUAUCCCUUCUUAUAUUUGCUGCUGUCGCUUUGGUUUCCUUGCUUGCAUUGCAUGGAAAAACCAGGAAGCUUUUCUGUGGCGUUGCGGCAACAAUCCUCUCCAUUAUUAUGUAUGGCUCACCUCUGUCAAUCAUAAGGCUAGUGAUUAAAACAAAGAGUGUGGAGUUCAUGCCAUUCUUCUUGUCUCUGUUUGUGUUCUUGUGUGGCACUUCAUGGUUCAUCUUUGGAUUGCUGGGAAAGGACCCCUUUGUUGCUAUACCAAAUGGUUUUGGGUGUGGCUUAGGAGCAGUGCAGUUGAUAUUGUAUGCCAUUUACUGUGAGAAGAAAUCCUUCCCUGAUGGCAACCCCGGCGGAGAAGACAUACAAUUAGGCAUAAAAAAGGGCCAGAACCAGUCAAAGGAGGAUCUGGUUUAGAUGUGUGUAUGUUAUGUGACUUCAUUCAGACAAUUCUAUGCUUUCUUCUUGUUGAUGCUGUAAUGGUUUUCUCUAAAGACUCUACUUGUGCAUGUAAAUGAUGAAUCCUGGCUUCUGAUUCCUCAUGUUGGAUUGCACUCUAGACUGAAAAAGGUUUUCAUUAAUUUGGUA